GUCGUUACAUUUUCCAGCACAUCUAGCUAAGGCAUUCACAAAAUGGCCAUAGACAUAAUCUGGUUUAGGGAGAUUGCAGCAGCAACUCUAGUCUUUUUUCUCACCAGGUUCUUCCUCGGUUCCCUCCUCCUCCUCCUCAAACCCGCCCGUAAACUCCCGCCCGGUCCGAAAGGAUGGCCGGUCAUUGGCGCCUUACCCCUUCUCGGAACCAUGCCUCAUGUCACCCUGGCCCAAAUGGCCAAGAAAUAUGGACCCAUCGUCUACCUGAAAAUGGGCACUUGCGACAUGGUGGUGGCCUCGACUCCCGCGUCGGCCCGAGCCUUCCUGAAAACCCUGGACACGAAUUUCUCGAACCGGCCACCCAAUGCCGGCGCAACCCACUUGGCUUACGACAGCCAAGACUUGGUCUUCGCUGACUACGGCCCGAAGUGGACGUCGUUGCGCAAGCUGUGCAACGUGCACAUGCUCGGCGGAAAAGCGCUCGAUGACACGGCCCACGUCCGGGCCACGGAGCUGGGGUACAUGCUCCGGGCCAUGGUCGACUCGAGCAAACGGGGAGAGCCGGUGGUGAUAUCGGAGCUGAUGACUUACGCCAUGGCCAACAUCGUAGGGCAAGUGACAAUCGGGCGUCGCGUGUUUGUCACGCACGGUUCGGAGUCGAACGAGUUCAAGGACAUGGUGGUGGAGCUCAUGACCAAAGCCGGACUGUUCAACGUCGGCGAUUUUAUUCCUGCGAUCGCAUGGAUGGACCUGCAAGGGAUCGUCGGUCGCAUGAAGAAGAUGCACAGCAAGUGGGAUGCUCUGAUAUCGAAGAUGGUAACGGAGCACGCUGAGACGGCUCACGAUCGUCGAGGGAGCCCGGACUUUCUUGAUGUUCUUAUGGCUAACAGAGAACAAAAUUCGAAGGGCACUGGACUUAGCAUCACCAACAUUAAAGCGCUCCUUUUGAAUCUAUUUACCGCCGGUACCGAUACAUCCUCCAGCGUGAUCGAAUGGGCACUGGCUGAAAUGGUGCUGAAUCCCGCCAUCCUCAAACGGGCACAACAAGAGAUGGAUCAGGUCAUUGGAAAAGACAGGAGAUUACAAGAGUCCGACGUGCCGAAACUGCCUUACCUGCAAGCCAUAUGCAAAGAAACCUACCGGAAGCACCCUUCCACCCCGCUCAACCUCCCCCGGAUCUCGUCCGAAGCGUGCGAGGUGAACGGCUACUACGUGCCCAAGAACACGAGGCUGAGCGUGAACAUAUGGGCGAUCGGGAGGGACCCCGACGUCUGGGAAAACCCCCUGGAGUUCGACCCGGAGAGGUUCAUGAGCGGGAAGAACGCGAAGAUGGACCCGCGGGGGAACGACUUUGAGCUGAUUCCGUUCGGGGCGGGGCGGAGGAUAUGCGCGGGGACCAGGAUGGGGGUCGUGAUGGUGGAGUACUUUCUGGGCACGUUGGUGCACUCGUUCGACUGGAAAUUGCCGGAUGGAAUGGCUGAGCUGAACAUGGAUGAGGCCUUUGGCCUUGCUUUGCAGAAGGCCGUGCCUCUGGCGGCUAUAGUUACCCCGCGGUUGCAUUCAAGUGCUUAUGCUAUGUAGCUAGCUAGGUUGCAGUUGUAGCUAGGUCCUAGUGUGUUUUGUGUUGUUUUGUUGCCCUCGCUGUCUGGAGGGUUUGUGCUGGUUGUGCCUGUUUUUUUUGUCUUCCUAGAUUGUUUCUGUUGUUCUUAUUUCUGGGGUAUGCGACCCUUAAUUAGAACGUGUAGCUGGUUUCGUUUUAAUGCAA